AUGAGCGCAGGCCCGAAGCCAGAGCCCCGCCAGGCCCCGAGAGGGCGGAACUCGCCGAAGCCCCUCACCGCCAACUCCAGUAGUGCUCCCGCAGAACGCCCGCAGCGCCGCCGUGACAAUGCGGAGCGCCGUGAGGGCGGUGAGCGUGGUGACCGUGGUGAGCGCGGCGAUCGCCGUGAUCGUCCAGAGCGCCAGGAGCGUCCGCGCCGCCCGCAGGCGGGACCGGCUGCUGCCGCUGAGAGAAGCAAGCCAACUAUCGAGGAGAAAGCGCAUGGUCCCGUUGUGCACGUGAAGGGCGACAUUGCUUCGGGGUCGACGUGGGCGAAGAACGGUAGUGGCCCAUCAUUUGCGGAUAUGGUGCGUCAGCGCACCAGCGCGGGGGCUGGGGUACCCGCCGCCAAAGAGACUCCCUCUCCACAGAAAGGGGCGCCGUCACAGGUGCAGACGCCACCGCCGCCGGAGCCGCUGCAGUCGCAGCCCGAGUCUGUGCAGCAAUCUGUGCUCGCGCAGCCGGAGGAGUCAUCGGAAGAGGAGGUGGUGGUAAACACCGUCCAAGCCCCUGCCGUUGUGGAGAUGGAGCCGAUUCCUGACCCACCGGCGCCUGUGGCGCUUGUGAUUGCGCCGCACUACGUACUGGAGAUUGAACGCGUCGUGUCCGUGAAGCUGCCUCUCCGUGUGACGCAGACGGCAGAGACGCAGCGCGGACUCUACAUGUUCUCGGCCCAGGCCGGCAAGCCUCCGACCCCUCCGCCGACGGUUCAGCAGCACGCUGUGUACCGCCCCGACACGGCGAACCUCGGAACGCGGCAGUGGUCCCUCGGCACUGACUCGCGCAUUCAGCAGCCCCCCCAGCAGCAGCAUGCUUGGCCUUCGGCUAGCCAGUUCGACUACUGGAACAACGCUCCAGAGCGCGUUCAGGCGUCGCGGCCGUUCAUGGGCACCCAGGCACAGGCGCCGUACAACUCGUACCCCUCGGCGGUGCCUCUCGCGCACCAGCGCGCCACCGGCAAUGCGUUCCCCGUUCGCUUCCGCUCCAGCGAGGUGCCGGAGUCCGCCCUGCGCCAGCAGCCCUCUGUCCCUUUUAACCGUGCUUCCCAGCAGACAAACGGCGGUGGCGUGUGGUAG